CCAAAGAAUCUAAAUGUCUUUAUGCCUUUGUGUUUCGUUAAGAAGUGUUUCUGUUCUGUUUAUAUAAUUUUAACAGAACUAUUUUCGAGUAUUAGGCAAAUGCAAUGAAUGAAAUAUUAUCGUUCAAUUUUUCUUUUACUGAAAAGGUGUUAUAAUGAUUAUUUUACUGUGAAGCAAGUGAUCUGUAUAAUUAUGUCUACCUUAAGGAAAUGCAAUGCCUAUUUUGAACUUGAAUAUCUUCGAAGUGAUUCAAAAUCUAAAGAGAAAUUCAUUAAAUGUUUUAAUGACUGUGAUGAAGAGAAUGCUAAAAAAAUUUAUCUCCAUAUUUUAUUUGAUAUUAAAAAGUCUAUUGAAGAGGGAAAACUUGAUGAUCUGAAAUGUUUGAAUUGGUAUAUUAAUUUUAUAUCAUUAAUAAAAUCUGAAGAAAUCUUGCAUACCUAUUAUAGUGAUACUGCAAAUCCAUUUGCAAAAUGUAACAUAAUAAUUUUAAUCUGCAAGCAUAAUGGAACAAAUAUGUUAGAAUAUUUAUUUAGAGAAGAAUGCACACUUAUCAAUAAUUUAUCCAUUAAAGUGAAAAAUGGCCCAAUACUUCCAAAUCAUGAAGAUAAGGAUUGUCAUAAUGCAUUUUACUAUGCAAUAUGCAAUAAUAAUUAUCAUCUCUUGGAAACUCUCAUUAAGAAAUGGCCGAAUGAUUAUUUCAAAAAGAAACCAGAUGAAUUAGAUGAACUUUUAUGUUUGACAUAUAAAGAAAUUAAACUUAAGAAUGUAGCUUUAUCAGAUGAAAUUCAAGUAUGUGUUGAAGCAAUUUUAAUUAAUAUUCAUUUUUAUGAUGAUGGUCAAAUGCAAAAUUCGAAGGGUAUGAUGCUUAUAAAAGAAAGAAUUCAGUUAGUUCUUGAAAGUAUAGAUUCAAUAAAAAGCUCAUACAUGAGCACUGAAGAAGAUGAAAACUUCUUACUUAUUGCAAGAUUCAUUGCUAAAAAUUUAUUCAUAUUAAAGCAACAAUUAAAGUGCACUUAUAAGAAAUUACCAUGGGAAGAAAUUGAAUUCUGUUUAACAAUAUUUGUAAAUUCUAGAAUUAUGCACCACGAAUUGAAUUUAUUUUAUAAUUUUGUCUUGACCAAAGAUAAAAUAUUGACAUAUUUAGAGAAUUUUGCCAAUUUUCUAAAGAAAGAAAUUGUCAAUAUUGAGAAAAUAGAAGCUGAAAAGUUAAGUAAACUUCCAUCAUUUAAAAGAAAAAGUAUUAUUAACACUAUUAUUAAAGAUAUACCUGCCUUUAAAGAAUUAUAUGAAGAUUACCAACUUGUAAGAGAUUUACAUUCAUUAGAAAUCAUCAGAAAUUAUGUCAAUCUAGCAGUUUCUGUAGAUCCUGCAAAUGAAGAAGAAUGUUUGAUUAUCAAUCGUACAAUUCAAAUUAUUGGUGAACAUUUAAAAAAUACUUUAAUGUCCCCAAAGUUAUCAGACUCAUCAUCUGAGCUCAUUCUAUCCAUUCUACCCAAAAAUACUUUGAAGAUAGUUUCUGCUUUGCGUGAUUCACUCUCUCAUACAUAUUCCAUUGCAAACUUGCAGAUGGUUCAAGCAAAUGCAGACAUAGACUUUUUCAAAAAUAUUCAGAAUGAUGUAAAAAAGAUUAGCAAUGUUGUACUAAACAUUUUAGCUAAAAAUAAAAUUGAAAUACUUAGACUGCUGUUAGAAAGUAUUUUAAAGUGUGAAACAUUGGAAGAACUGAAAAAUAUGAUGAAAAUGUUGAAAUAUGCUGAAUUAAAAUAUAUAUUUACUCAUAAUUCUAACUUUAUUGUGGAUGAAAUCUGUCAGAUUGAAAAUUUAAUUGAAGAAAUUAAUACUAAAAUUAGAAAUAAAACAAUGUGGGAAGAAAAUUUGCUCUGCAAAAUUAAAGAAAUAAUAAAUUUAGAAAAAAGCAAAAUGUUUAAAAUGGAACAAGAUUAUGUAAUAGGCUAUUCUUAUCUGCAAAUUAUUUUAAAGCAUUUUCAAUUACUUAAAUUAGAUAAGAAUAAUUUGCGAGGAAUCAAAUAUAGAGCUAAGAAAACUUUAGAAUGUUUUACAUCAAAUAUUGAAAGUGAUAGUUUAAAAGAAAUUUCUGAAAAUGUUUUCAUGUUACUUCAUAUCAAUAUUAGUAAAAUUGGUCAAAACAGUAUUGAUGAUGUAGAUAAUUUUACAGAAAUUGUAAUAUUAAUUAAAAAACUAUUUACUCAUAUUGAGUUUCAUGUAGGUAAUAUGAAGUGGUUAAAUGAAUUAAGAUGUAAGUUAAAUUGCUAUAAAUUUGCUGGCAUUGAUACAGAAAUAAUUUCCGAGGAAGAAAAGGGCAAUAAAAAAGAUGCAUUAGUUUCUGAAUUGUCUACAAAACUAUCCAUUUUAAAAAAUGUUAUUCAGAAAAAUAAAUUUGACAUCCAAUUAAUUGAAAACUUUUCAUUGUAUAAAAAUAAUCACAAAUUAAAAGUCAUCAUUGAGACUCUAGUAUCAGAUAUACUGUGUAUUUUUAAUGACUGUAAUUUCUUAACUAAUAAUUUAGAGUUUUUAGAUUAUAGUUUACCUUUACUCGUAGGAAAAGUUCUACGCAACCACUUGGCACAUAAUAAUGCUCUGUUAAAUGCUUUCCAGUUAAAUUGCUCAGUUGCAGUGCUUAUAAAUGCUAAACAAAUAGCAUUAGAAAAAGUCACCAAGAAACAUAAACAAAUAGGAAAAGUUAUAAAAAGUGAUCUCCAUAAAUUAAGAAUGAUGCAUAAAAAAGACUUAGAAAUGAUUGAUGUAAAAAACGCACUAUUUGAUGCAAUGGUUAUUGGUAAUAUUGAAAAAUUGCAGUUGUUAAUCAAACAAGGAGCAGAUGUUAAAGCAAGGAACUUGAAUUUAUGGACUUCAUUACAUUUUGCUGCUAUGGGAGGUAAUAUUGAAAUCAUGAAAUUUCUUCUUUGUUACAAUCUGAAUGUUAAUGACAAGGAUAUCAAUGGUCAGACUCCACUCCAUGUUGCUUCCUUCUUUGGCCAGACAAAUAUUAUUAAAUUUUUAAUUGAAAAAUCAGAAGUAAAUAUAAAUGAUACUGAUAAUUUGGGAAAAAUUCCUCUCCACAUUGCAGCACAAAAUGGUCAUGAGAGUGUUAUUAAUUUAUUAAUAAAAUACCAUUCAAAUAUUAAAGCAAAAGAUAAAGUGGGUUGUUCACCUUUAUUUUAUGCUGUUGUAAAUAAUUACAAGAAUGUUGUACAAAUUCUUUUAAAUUAUGGAUCAGUUGAUGAAAAUGUACAGUUUGGAGGCUUUACAUCACUGCAUACUGCUGCAGAAUCUGGGCAUUUGGAAAUAGUUGAAUUUUUAUUAAAUAAAGGAGCAAAUGUUAACGAAAAAACUGACAAGCAAGCUACAGCACUACAUACAUCAGCAUUAAAUGGUCAUCUGGACAUUGUAAAACUUCUUAUUAGUAAAGGUGCUAUGGUAAAUAUUCAUACUAUUGAUGGUGGUACACCAUUACACUAUGCAGUUGAAAAUGGUCAUGAAAAGAUUGCCGAGUUUCUUUUAAAGCAUGGGGCUAAUGUCAAUGCAGUUGAUGGUUGCUCUUAUACACCUUUAAAUUUUGCAGCUGAAGAUGGGUAUUUCAAUAUAGUUAAAAUUUUAGUAGAACACAGAGCUGAUAUUCAGAAUACUACAAUGAGUGGUGAUACUCCAUUGCAUCUUGCAGCUAAGAAUGGCCAUUUAGAUAUAGUUGAAUUUUUGUGCAAUAAAAAUGUUUUACUUAAUUCAAAAAAUAUAAUAGGUUUUACUGCUUUACACUGUUGUUGUUUUUAUGGCCAUGAACAUGUAGUCAAUUAUCUGGUAGAAAAAGGUGCAAAAGUCAAGGCCACAGAUGCAGAACAACGAAUGCCAUUGCAUUUAGCUGCCUUGAAUGGUCAUAUUAAAAUUAUAGAAAUUUUAAUUGACAAAGGAAUCAAUAUAAAUUCUACUGAUAUUAAUGGAUAUUCAGCAUUACAUUUGAGUGUAGCAAAUGAUAAAGAAAAUACUGUAGAAUUCUUGCUGACUAAAGGGGCUUUGGUUAAUCUUUGGAAUAAUUUUAAUGAUUCUCCCUUAUUUUCUGCUAUUAAAAAUCAUAAUGCGAAUAUUUUACGGCUACUAAUAGCCAAAGGGGCUGAUGUGAAUUUAACUAACUCACAUUGCUUGAAAGCUUUGCAUUAUGCUGCUUUAAGUGGAAAUAAGGAAAUUGUUGAAGAACUAAUUAAACAAAGUACUGAUAUAAAUGAUCCAUCUUUAAUAGGAACUCCACUACACUUAGCUGUUGUAAAUAAUACUCUUGAAGUAGUUGAAGUCUUAAUUAAAAAUGGAGCUCAAAUAGAUGCUGAAUAUAAAUCUGGAUAUACUCCAUUGUGUUUAGCUGUUAAAAGAAAUGAUAAAGAAAUUGUUAAAAUGUUAAUUAAGAAUGGUGCAAAUGUUAAUGCCAGAGAUGGUUUUCCUUUAUUUUCUGCCAUUUACCAUGGUUUUUAUGAUAUUGUUGAUAUAUUAUUACAAAACAAAAAAAUCAAGAUUAACAAAAUAAUAUUCAAUGACCUCACACCACUUCAUUUAGCUGCUAAAUUAGGUCAUAAAAUCAUUGUUGAAACUUUAAUAAUUAAAGGUGCUGAUGUUAAUGCUGUGACAGCUGUUGAUAAAGUAACUCCUCUUCAUAACGCUGCAAGUGGAGGAAACCAUGAAGUGGUUAAAAUUUUACUUAAUCAGAAAGCAAAAAUAAAUGCAAGAUCAGCAGAUGGAUCAUCUCCUUUGCAUUUAGCUGUUUAUCCAGGACAUACAAGUGUUGUGAAAUUGUUAAUAGAAAAUGGUGCUAAUGUUAAUAUUGCUGAUUACAAAAAUAGAACAGCUAUUGAAUUGGCAGUAGCUCAUGGGAAAUUAGAGAUAGUAAAAAUGCUGUCAAAGUUGAAAAGAGUGAAUAUCCAUGAUAAGGCCAAUGAUGGCUUCUCUUUGCUACAUAUUGCCGCACAAUUUGGACACUUAAAUAUAAUGAAAUAUUUGAUUGAAAUAGGAGCUGAUAUCAAUUCAGAAAAUGAUGCUGGAACCAAACCAAUCCAUUUUGCUGCUAGAGAAGGUCAUAAGGAUAUUGUGCAGUUUCUGUUAGAUAUAGAUCCUUCAAGUAAACAUCUAACUAUAGUUGGCCAAACACCAGUACAUUAUGCUGUUUUGGGAGGUCAUAUUGAUGUUUUACAAUUCUUAAUUGAUAGGAAAUUUGACAUUAAUGCUUCUAGUAGGAAAGGAGUAUUGCCAAUUCAUUUGGCUGUUUUUACAAAUAAUGAAAAUAUAUUGAAGCUUCUUUUGCAUCUAGGAGCAUUCUAUAAUGCAAUCUUGGAUGGUUCCACACCAUUAAAAUCUGCCCAAGAAAAUAAUUAUGUGCAAUGUACUAAUUUAUUAUUAUCUGUUGAAAAAUUUUUUAAUGCUGUAAAGAAAAAUAAUAUUUCAGAAGUUGAAAGUUGUAUUAAAAAUGAUGUUGCAGUUAAUGUGAAAAAUGCUGAUAAUAUAUCACCUUUGCAUUAUGCAUGUUGGAAAGGUUAUGAAAAUAUUGUUGAUAUUCUACUUAAAAAUAAAGCUGAUCCAAAUAUUCUGGGGAAAGGAAACUGUAGACCAUUACAUUAUGCUGCUAAGUUUAAUCAUUUUACUGUCGUUAAGUCUUUACUUCUGUAUGGUGCAAUGUAUAAUGGCACGAGCAGUAAUCAUAAAACUCCUUUAGAUUUUACUACUUAUGAUGAUAUUAAAAAUUUAUUACAACUCAUAGAUGAAUCUUUUAAAAAGGUUAAAAAUGGUAAUACUGAAGUUUUACCUAUGUUGAAAAAAAAUAAGGAUAGAAAUAUAUUAAGAUGCAUACUGAAUGCUCAUGACAAAGAAAAUAAAACACUCAUUAUUGCUGGAAUCAAUUAUGAUUUUCCAAAAUUAAAAGAACUUAAGUCUCUUUCUGUAGAUGAUGUAGCUAUUGAAAUCAACAAAGCAUAUAAUCUGUUUAAAGAAGAGCGUUAUCAGGAUGCUGUAUCUUUUAUAGAAACUGUAGUAGAAAAAAGAAAAGAAUUGUGUGGAGAAGACAGUCUUGAAACUAUAGAAAUUCAGCAGCUUCAAGCCAAAGCCUUUUAUAAAUUGCAUAAGUAUCAUGAAGCUUUGAAGUUACUUGAAUCAAUCUAUCAAAAACAAAAACAGUUACUGGGAAUAAGCAGCAGUGACACUCUGGAAACUAGAGGAUCUAUUGCACUUAUCUUCCACAGGCUAGGAAAAGAUGAAGAAGCAAUAACUAUCUUUAAAGAAAUCCUGCCAAAGCAAAAAGAAAUAUUAGGUUCAAAUCAUUUUAAAGUUUUGCAGACACAAAGUGAUAUGGCUCUAGCUCUAAAUGCAGUUGGUAAUUAUGAGGAAGCUCUUAGUUUGAACAGAGAAGUGUACAAAGCACAUAAAAGGAUUUUUCAUUCAAAUCACCCAGUAACUUUAGUUUCUAAAAAUAACAUUGCUCUUGUUCUGUUGUAUCAAGGAAAACUAGAAGAAUCUUUGAAAAUUUUCAAAGAAGUUUAUGAUGCAAGAAAGAAAGUACUUGGUCCAAAUCAUUCAGAUACUUUAAGAACUUAUUCUAAUAUUACAGCAGUUCAGUCACUUAUGAAUAAAAAUGAUGAUCAUAGUAAGUCAUUUAAGGAAGUUUUAAAUCUGCAGAAAACUACAUUCGGAAUGCAGAAUUGCGAUUCCAUUAAUACACAUGUAAACAUGGCGACUAAUCUUCUUCAGCAAGGAAAAUUGCAUGAAGCAAAAAGAAUAUAUGAAGAAUGUAUUGAGAGUGCAACAAUUGUUUUAGGACAAAACCAUAAAACAGUUAUUUUCAUCAAAACCAUGUUAGAAGCUAUACAGUUUGGUUUUGCAAUGAAAGGACAGCAAGAUUUUAGUGGAAAUCUGGAAAAUUACAAUAUGGCAGAUCUUCUUUCUGAAGAUAUGUAUAAAAUGUUUCAAAAUAUAAAUUUUAAUGUUGAUAUUAAUGAUAAAAAACAUGAUCAUGGAUUAACUGAACUGCACUAUGCUGUGAAUGAAGGAUCAUUGAUUAAAGUGCAAAAUUUAUUAAAAACAGGAUGUAAUUUGAUGGCAACUUCAAAUAAAGGUAAUACUGCUUUGCAUAUUGCAGCAUUGAAAGGCAACCCUGAUAUUAUUGAACUUUUAUUAAAAUACAUGAUAGAAAAUAAUAAUUUAAAAUUCAGUGACUUCAUUAAUGCAAAAACUUCUGGUCACGGCAAUACUGCACUUCAUGUUGCUCCAAACAUUAAAACAGCUUUAUGCUUGAUGAAAUAUGGAGCAAUUUUCAAUAUUAAAAAUAAAAAAGGAGAAACACCUUUGGAUGUCACUAAAGAUGAAGAUAUUCGCAGAAUAUUGCGAUUGAUUGAUGAACUUUUUGAUGCAUUUGAAAGUGAUAAUGAUAGAGCUAUUAAUAAUUUGACAAAGCUUAAAGAUUAUGAGAUUUCAGCAGUUUUAAAUACACGAAAUUUAAAUGGCGACAACUUAUUGCGAAAUGCCACCUUAUACAAGCCUUCUCUUUUAAAUGAGCUUAAAAAAUGUUUACAGAAAGAAAAUGUUUUAUAAAUGUUAAAUAAAUAUUUUAUUUUUAUUGUAGCUUAAUGAAACAUUUAAUAAUAAAUCAUAAAUAUCAAUACUUCAGAAAAUUUCAGUAUCUUCUAAUUUUAAUUUCAUAAUUACUAUAAAAAAAUAUUAAACCAUUUUUUUCCCAACAAAAUAUAGUGUAAUGUUGAUAAAAUAAGUAUUUUUUUAAAUAAAUAAGAUAUAAGUAUCUAUAUUGCACAUAUUCUGUCCCUCAGUACUUGAUAUCAAAAAGUACUGCAAAAUGUGCAGUUGCCUGGCAGGUCCAGUAGAGAUUCCUAAAGAAAAAUAGAAUUUUGGAUCUUUAAGCAAUACCUCACAUUUCCUCUUCCCCACACUUCAAGUUCAUGGCUUCUUAGGUUUUAAAAAAACCCAUGGAAACUAAGACUACUGGAACAUGCUAUUGAAGAUUAAAUCAUCAUUGCUUUUGCAUUUAAAAAUUUUGGAAAUAUGCUUUCAAAUCUAAUGAAUCUUGGUUAAUUAUUUUCAAAAUAUGUGGUAAUUAAUGUUUUAGUUGUUAAAAAAUAUUAUUUUUUAAAAGCUUUUAAUAUAUCAUUAAAAAUAUUUUUAAGAAAAUAAAGAGUUAUUAUUGUCAUUUCUUUUUGAAAUUUUGUACAUUUAUUAUACAAAUUUACAGUCAAUAUCAGUGAAGUUAUUUUUUUGUAUGUUUUAUGUAUGAUAAUAUCAUUAUAUAUGCAAAAAAAUUAAAUUUAUAUAUGUUAUUCAUAUAUGUUAUGACUGUUUUGUCUUUCUUUUACAUAAAGUAUUUUGUGAAAUGCUCAGAUUACUUUAAUUUUUCAGUUCAUUUUUUAUAAACUACCUUUGCAAAAGUUAAA